ACUCAACUCACCAGCCAACAGCAAAUGCAGCUCGCUUCUCACUUUCUUUCUCGUCUCGCGUCUUGAUGUGCAGCUAAGCGGCGGCGCAAGGGCGAGGCUAAGCCACAUCCUGCAUAUAGUCUACUGCAAGACGGUUGGCUGUUGGCGAGCUGCAUGGAGGAUGGCAGGCUGGCAGCAGAGAUUCUGAGGAAGAGGGCGCUUCCUGCUCAUCUAUGAUUGUUGCUUUUCUCACUCUCUUCGUCGUUGUUCCCCUUGAACCUCGUUUCUUCUUCGCGAACUUCACUUCCGAGAGAGGGCUUGGGCUGCAUGAGCGCUUCUCGCUUCCUCUUCGAACUCCCUGUCUCUGAUUCUCUCUGUCUCUCAGACUUCUCUACCCGUCGGCCCCUCACCCCCCUCUCACACACACCCCUACCCCCCCUUUAUGAUUCUGUCCUGGUGUGUAUCCGUACCUGUCAGUGUGUCAACACAACCCGUCAAGCUCCAGGUCGCGUUUUUCUAUCGAGAUGUGCUAGGGCCCCCCGUGUCGAUCCUCUGAAAGCUUGUGGCUGCCCAUCCGUCGACGAUUGAUUUUAGCUCAUCCUUCUUCUGCCGUUCAACAUUCUUUCCUUCUCCUUGAACCGUGUCCGACUAAUUCUUAUUUCUCUUACUCUCGAAAGACCUUAUUUACCCCCCUCGGAAGGUCAUUGCGGAUUCAACUUCCAAACGGUCGAUAAACAAGCAUAAAUCCUUCUUUGUCGUUUUCUCCUUGUCCUACCUACCUGAUUGAACACUCGCGACACAAACUCGUUCAUCCAGGAAUCACUCUGGGGCUCGGGGGAGCUCGAAAAACCACACUACCACCUCUUCCCCUCUCGACCUCGUACCUAGUCCUCCUCACAACUCCCUCCAAACAACGCCUCAAUCACCUCCCGCCACAAAAGAGAACACAAAAGAAACAUAUACACACACACAAUGUGCCGCCUCGUGCUCUUCGCGGGCACCUGCACCCGCUGCAACGAAUCCCUCACCUGGGCCGACCUCUCCCAGCAGCUCUCGUGCCUCGAGGCCAAGAACGCCGACAAGUUCGGCUCGUGUCGGCGUGGCGUCGACGUCGAGACACACGCCUUUGACCAGGAAUGCGACGCCUGCGCCGGCGAGGACGAAGGCGUUGCCGGUAUGGACUUUGCAGCAUACACAGCAGCAGGAUCGUCGUCAUCGGCGUCAAUACCACAACCCGGCUCGGGCAAGAGGGGCCGGGACGAAGGGGAAGGAAGGAAGAAGAAGAAGGCGAGGACGUGAAAAGCUCGAUGAAGCUUGCGAUAAUGAUGGAGUUAUGACACGGUUCGAACUUUGGGGAGGAUGUUUGUCCAUCUCUUCCUUUUCCCUCUCCCUCUACACUCCUGGCGAGGCGUUUGGUGUUCGACAUGGAAUACACACAUAAUGGCAUUGGGGGCUUCAGGACUCGGGAUACCACGAACGCGAUGGUGUUGCGCACAUGCGGGAUUGGCAUUAGCAUCAAUCGAUUGGAACCACAUCAGCAACACCACAGGCAUAUGACGCAUACGACGACGAUCAGGACAAAAGGGCAGGCAAUCAUGUUAUUUUUGGGCGGGCACACUCGGCUUCAAGGUCACAGGUGUGCGUGGCAGGCCUGCGGCGGACUCUCCGCUGCAUUCCUGAGGGAGAGGAGAGAUACCCUAGUCUACCUUUACCUACGUUAGUGGCGUGGCGAUCGGGAGGGGCUCCUAGCGAGGGGAUCCGCGCCUCUUGGCAUGCGGGUGAUGUACGACACGUCUCCCAUGCUCCAUUGCGGGCAUCGAGAGGUCACGAUGGUUCACCUCUGGCGAGUGAAGAUUUUACAAUGAAUACAAAAGCGUAA